CUACACGUCCCCCCGACACACAAGCCACAUAGGAGCCAUUUCGCGCCGUCUUCAUGGCACAACGUGUGUUACUUUUAUCGGCGCUCUUAGGGUUGACAUGUGGCUCCCUGGCCGCCUAUUUACCCAGGCGGGACAAGACCAUUACCAUACCCGAUGGCGUCACGUACCAUCCGGAGUCGCAAGAUAUUUGUACGUCUACGGCAUGGACGGACGUGGCCUCAUUUUUCUUGGGAAACUAUGUGUCCCAUGUCGCAACCGUUGUCAGGGUACCCGGUGAACCUCUUUACAUCACUGCGGCAAAUAUGUUCUUCGUUCUGUUAUUUCCUUGUCUUGGAGCUGGACGCGGCAUCAACAUGAUAUACCAACGAGCAAGCUUCUACAAAGACCAGCUUCAGCAAGCUCUGAGAGCCCAAGCUCUAGUUAUGGUAGUCCGGGAUCUAGAGUGGGAGCCGCAACCAGGAGAUACUCUCCGUUCACUUUCAUUGUACCCCCCAAGAGGGGUUCAAACUAGAUAUGCACCGCUCGGUUUAGGCGAAUACUGGCGGGCCGCUGUCAGCAAAAGUUGGAUCAAAACCCAUGUGGAAAAAGUUAAGGGGUAUACAGGCUACUUCGAGUCUGAAAUUGCGCACCCGCCAUGGUUGAUUAUGAAUUACGGACUCGCCAGUAAGCACGUGUGGGUGGAAAGAGGCUAUCACGUCUCUGGGGUGUGCGAUCUGCCAGAAGGAUAUCGACUGGCCUAUGUCCCACCAAAUGCAAUGGUGGAGCAUAUCUUGCCAGAAGUCGAACUGGGCCGUAUUCUCCAAUCCUCGUAUAGCCUGGCUUCCACUGUCAUUUCUAUUGUCCAGAUCCUGUCCGCAUGUUCGGCCCUAUACCAAUCCAAAGGCUAUCAAAUAACUGCCUAUGGAUAUGCCGCAUUUGGGUUCACCGUGACCCCAUACUUGGUCAUGUCCUUCGUAAAUCUCCUCGCCAAUUGCUUUACCCCGACUUAUCCAAAUGUUUAUCUUGUUCACACAGAGAUCAUGGAGGAGGCAGUGAGCCGUGGCGGUCGAUUUACUUAUAUUGUUGGCAAAUUGGAGAGUGAGCCGCUGGUCGUUGAGGAUUUGACAUUAUUCAGUGCUACAUUCAAGCAGCACGACGAGGAAGACGGCGAAAUUAUCUGCCGGAUCGGAGAUAAGGUACUGGAAGAUGGGAGCAUAGAGCCCAUUCCCGACGGUACUUCAACGCACGAAUCAGCCAGCGAAGAUUCUGUCCACGGAAAUGCAUCGACUUUGCCUGCUCCGACUGAGCUCCCAGAGAAAACUCCGCCGCCAGUUGAAGAGAUACCGAAGCAGGAAGUACAACCCAAACAGGACUGCAGCAGCGAACGGUCAUCAUGCGAAAAUUUCGAACCCGUUUUGAUUAUUCCCAGCUGCUACAACUUCAAGCUGUCCUACUCAAACACCUCUUCCACGAGCAUCCUUCACAGAAAGAAACAUUAUGGCCCGCGAGGAUAUAUGACUGGUGGCCUGACCGUUUUAGUGGCUGCAUUGCCCCUGAUCGCAAUCGGGGUAAUGUCAAAGUUUCAACCAGGAGGUAGCACUGUGGCCCAGAGAGCAUGGCUCAUGGCUUGGUAUGCUGUGGGGAUCGUGUCUGUCCAAAAUCCGUAUUUUACAGACGAGAUGAUUGAGUUUGGUUACUAUGGUACCCGCCUUAUUAUUGAGACAAGAAAAGACUAUAGCCGUCUCGUUCAAGCCCGGUAUUUCUUUUUGAGGCUGGCUUCUCUAUUGCCCGUGGUUUUGCCUAUCGCACCGGCUAUUGGUGGUUUCGUUGUUGUUGGGCAAAUGCUAGUUUCGUAUGGAUCUUGCACAGAACUCUGAAUGCGGAAACCAAUGAUCUUCUAAAUCAAGACCUUGUUGACUUUUUCAAGUUGCUUGGUUAUCAGUACUCCUUCCCUCACAUUAGGGCGUUGAGCCUGGGAGCUUCGUAACAAGACGCUGCUUAGAAGGUAGUAAAGACUGCAAUAUCAUAC